CCAAGAUGUUGCAAUGUGGGCAAAGCUUUGUUCAGUACGUAAUCAACGGUUCCAGCGGCGACAGUUGCAGUGCAAAACGUUCACAGCAUCCGUUUCGUGCGUGUGGAAGGAUCUCAAGCGCGGGAAAUUCGCACUUGAUUUCCGCAUCCGCGUGGAAUUGUUCAGCGGAGCAAAAGAAUACGGCUCGAGUGCGUUGGUGCGCGGAAUAAUUCAUUCGUGCCGAGAAUUAUGUGGAAUUAUUUUUCGGGGCUUCGCUCCAUCGUCAGACGUUUUAUGGGAGGGAUUCUCUUGCGGAUGUAGUUUCUCCGCCCGUCGUUGUUACAACCGGAGAAUUAGGCGAAGCAAAUUUCAUUGGAGCAGUUCCGGCGCCCACUUGCAACAAUAGCGCUGGCAGAGAGGGAAGCAGAUAAAGUUUCGCACAUUGUUGAAAGUUCGGGCUCUUCAAGGGACGCUGUGACGAAACGAAGUGUGUAUCCGCAGGGAAUAAUCGUUUGGUGAAUUGUUACGGUGCUCGACGAAUUCUUGCUGCUACAUUGUGUGGUCCCUGUCGAAGCCUUUUGAAGAGGUUUGCGUGAGUGAAAAUUGUAAAAUUCAUUAAUCACAAAAAAAGGAGAACAUGAAGUGUUUACUUGAAGUGUGUACUUUGGAAUUAAUUGCUGAUUAGUUGUUACAGCUACAGCGUUAUUAAUAGAAGUGUUGAACGAUAAAUAAAUAGAUCGGUUGAGCGGAAUAUGUGAUGAGAAUAUACAACUAAGCCCCAAUUUGAGUAAUUUGUGUACCAGAUGAAUGUUUACAACAAUAUAUAACAAUCAGUUAUUGAAUUGAAUUGCAAUUGCCUUCGGCACAAUGAAGGAUUCUACUUUAAAUGCGCUAUUGAAACAAAUCUGAGCAGUGGCAAGUUACAAAGAUCAUUUAGCGAUGGGUUCGCUUGCGAUUGGAUUGUAGCAAGCUGAAUUUUGUAAAACGUGUUAACAGUAGCGUUGAGUCUGGCAGGGCGCAGCAGGAGACCCAAAGUGUCAUUAAAAAGUUCCCUCCGCAUCCGUUUUUUGACUUUGACGUGCCGCGGAAUAUAACAACCCGCGUGGGCCAGACGGCAUUCAUAACUUACCGCGUCGAACGGAUUGGAAACAAAUGGGUUUCCUGGAUAAGAAAACGAUAUCUACACAUCCUGUCAGCGGGAAUGGUUGUUUAUAACUCUGACGAGCGUUUUCAAGUCGCACGAUCGGAGAAGUCCGAGGUAUAAACGAUGCAAAUUAAAUUUGCCCAGCAACGUGAUUCUGGCACCUACGCGUGCCAAGUCAGCACAGUGUCUAAGAUGUCAAUGACAUUCCAGUUAAAUGUAGUAGAAGCGAAAGCUCUUAUUGUCGGACCCACAGACGUAUAUGUGAAAAUCGGUAGUGCAGUGACACUAACCUGUGUCAUCACCCAAGGGCCACACGAUUUGGGUACAAUCUGUUGUUACCGAGGGACGAGCAUAAUCACACCAACGGAAACUCAUCCCAACGAGACGUCGAUCACAUAUCCUUCACGAAUAUCCGUAGAACUGAAGUGGACAGAAGCUUUAACUUCUAGACUGGAAAUUCUGGAUGCUAAAUUGUCGGAUUCGGGUAACUACACCUGUAUGCCUACAUCAGCGGAAGCCAGCAACGUUAUAGUACACGUACUGAACGAGGAAAAUCCUGCGGCCAUGCAGCGAAGUGACACCAUUGCCAGGUACAGCAUAACGGUGCUCCAACUCCAUCUGGUGGUAAUGCUAGUGAUCCUGUUUUCGCGGUAUCGUGUUAGCUGGUACUCGUAGCAUCUGCUGUAAAGCCCCCUCGGCUCAGUUUGUUUUGUCGGCUGAGGAUGGAUGUAUAAUUGUUUCUGCGGAAAAAAAAACCUCGGCGCGACAGGACGAGUUGUUCAGUUUCUCGGUGACCGAACACAAAACUGCGGGCACCGUGGAAAGACCAGAGCUUCAUGGGGCUCACAGGGAAGCGGAGAUCAUUUUAAAGCAGGAGCACAGCGAAUGCAUUUUCAUCGAAUAAGGGUAUUUCGCAACGCAUAAACUGAUGAAGUGAGAUUAGAGAAACGUAGUUAAUUCGAGUAGAAUAAGUUGAGACAGCGGUUCAUUCAUGGGAAUACCAGAUCAUGUGUAAAUAGUAGAACGAUAAGUUUGUUUUUAAAAAUCAUAAACGUAUGAACAGAUUCUUCGGAAGGAAGAGACCAAUACCUUACUUGCUGUGAUGU